UUUUUUUUGAACAAAGGUCAACUUUAUUGUUCCCCGGGGGCGGACGGGAGGCAGCGCGUGUCGGUCACGUGGGGCGAAGGACGGAGCGUUGGCCUGCGAUGGCGGCCCUUCCCGCCUGGACGCUCCCGCUGCCGCCGCUCCUCCUCCUGCUCCCCGUCCUCCUCUUCCUCCUCCGCCCGUGGCUCCCGCAGCCCCGACAGUUGCUCUACGGGAGUUAGGCGCCUGAUCUGGAUGACAACCAACGCUAAGGGUUCAAAGCUGAGGACAAAGUGGCCCCUACAGCGGGUGUUGAAAGGAAGCGACAUCGGGGGAAGAAGAGUCGGAUGAUAGAAAUUAAAGGAGGACGUGUGAUUCAUACCCUUUACGGGGCCACUCUGGACCCCACUAGUGAGAGUGCAGUCAUGCCAGCUAAACUGCUGAGAGUCAUGGCCAGAUCUCCCUUCCCUUUAUGCCGGUGCCGAAGCCUCCAAAAAUGGCCUCAUCCAAUAUUAAAACCACCAAAGGGAGCGGAAAAGACAACACGCAAAACUCUAACGCCAAAUUGGAAGUUGGAUUUGCCCAUUCCAGAAGCAGCAACUGUUCGUUUGAAAAUUUCAAGUGCCCAGGAAAUGAACUGGAAAGUGUCAGUGUCUCCUCCGCUGAAGACCGCGCCCUGCCAAAUCGAACAAGUUCAUCCUUUGUCUGUGAAAACCUUUGGUUCUUCCAGGACUGGGACUCAAAGACAAACCCUUUUUUCUCCCCGAUGGCCGUUGGAAGUGUCGGGUCGACAUUAUACGUCCGUACCGACUGGCAGAUUGGUACCGACUCGAGAGGUUCAACAAACCAAAAGACCACUGAAAGCACCCAGGACCAAACAGCCAUCCAGGACUAACCUGCCGCUUCUGUCCGUAACCGAGGACACGAUGCAGUGUACUGCCUUUGCAACGGCCGACGAAUAUCACCUUGGUAAUCUGUGUCAUGAGCUGGCAUCCCACGGCUAUGUUGAAGUAACAACUUUGCCUAGAGAUGCAGCAAACAUUCUGGUAUUUGGUGUAGAAAAUAUGGCAAAAGAGCAUGAUCUGGGAACCAUCUUCUUCUUUAGGGAAGGGGCUGUCGUGUUUUGGAAUGUGGAGGAUAAAACUAUGAAGCAUGUGAUGCAAGUUCUGGAACAUCAUGAAAUUCAGCCAUAUGAAGUUGCACUAGUCCACUGGGAGAAUGAAGAGAUUAAUUAUACGAAAGCAGAGGGGCAAUCCAAACUUCAUAGAGGAGAAAUCAGAUUAAAUUCAGAACUGGAGUUAGAUGAAGCCAUUCUGGAGAAAUUUGCAUUUUCAAAUGCCCUUUGCCUUUCAGUAAAGCUGGCUAUAUGGGAAGCAUUACUGGAUAAUUUUGUGGAAUCCAUUCAAUCAAUUCCAGAGGCCUUAAAAACUGGAAAAAAGGUGAACCUCUCUCAUGGGCAGGUUAUGCAGAAAAUUGGGGAACUUUUCGCCAUAAGACACCGCAUCAACUUGAGGUCAGACUUCCUAAUGACCCCUGAUUUCUACUGGGACAGAGAAAACCUGGAGGGGCUUUACGAUAAAACAUGUCAGUUUCUCAGCAUCGCGCGGAGAGUCAAGGUAAUGAAUGAGAAACUGCAGCACUGCAUGGAACUUACAGACCUGAUGCGAAAUCAUCUGAAUGAAAAGCGAGCGCUGCGCCUGGAAUGGAUGAUUGUCAUACUUAUCACCAUUGAGGUAAUGUUUGAACUUAGCAGAGUACUUUUCUGAUCGUUACUGAAGAGAAGCAUCAUCUCUGGCAGGACCGCUCAAUUAUCUUCAAUAAUUCCUCAAAUUUCCGUAACGCCUUUCGAAUUAAAAAAAAAGUCUUGGUUUUUAUCGUUCUAUAAUUGUGCUGCUCAAAUAAACAUCGUGAAUGCUGUAUGUCGAAAGCAGUUGAAAA